AGAAUAUAUCAGAACAUGUCCGGACAAUCUAUAAUUAAUCGCAUUGCUCAAAUUUUUAUAUUCCUUUGUGCAGUAAUACAAGUCACAAAUGCUGGAGAACAUAUUUUAAGAUUACAAGAAGGAACACACACGGGAACCACACUCAUCGGCGUUGAACAAGGGUCUAGUGUACUAAUUAGAUGUGAACAUCCGAACGGAAAAGUUGCAUCAUUACGGUGGCUGCGUGGAGGAUCUCCAAUCAAAUCCGAGUACGUGAAAACUAAAAAAGAUGCAUCGUUCGUUGAGAUCACCAACUAUCUUCCUGACAAAGACAAUGGAGUGUAUGAGUGCUCAGCGCCCGGAAUGUCUGCAUCGUAUAGAUUGAAAGGCGAAAAGAAGCACAUUCUCCCAGAAGGAUUCCGAUAUUGCUAUGGAGAAGAAAUGGCCAGCUGCAAACAUGCUGAUCAAUGCCUUGUGGAGACCUCAACGGGACACUUCAGCUGUCUCUGCGAAGUUGGAUGGACUGGAGCUGCUUGCGAUAUGAUAUCCGAACCACCGGUCAGAGUUGACUCUGUUGUUACUCCACCAGUCUGCGCUUACUGGCCCCCAGUGGUGACGCUUCUCGUGUUCAUCGUUAUUAUCGUACUUUUGGCAUAUUGUCUCUACAAGUUCAAAGUGCGUAAUCCACACCACUACUCCAAGUACUCGACGACAACUAUUAACAACAACAAUACCAUCAGCAAACCUCCAAUGGUCUCUGGAGAGUAUACACCAGUCCAUCAGCAUCCGCCUGGACAGAGGAACGGUGACACAAUAGCCAAUAUGGUCUAAUUUGAAAACUGCCAAUAGAUUUUUUUCUCCCAACUUUUCAUCAUAGUUUAAUCAUUUCAAUUGUUGUGUCAAAACAAAACAAAAACAAGCAAACAGUCAUUUAUUCAAUCAAAUCAAUGCAAUGACAAGACGAUAAGCUUUCUAUGACCCCCAUCAUCCUCAAUUAUUCUGAUCUCAACCUCACUCAUAAUAAUUGCUAUCCUAUUUAAUGUUCUCCCUUUCCUUCUGAAUUUUUAUACAUACAGUUUUUAUGUGUGUUUUGAUUUUACAUAAAUAAAACGUUUAAUACUAAUUUC